UUGCCAAUGACCGAUCCCUUACUGGAAAACAGCAACAUGGGCGGGAUACCCAAACCAUCAUUCAACUGCUGAUGGAGAUUCGCGCAGAGCAGGAGAGACAAGCGGCGAUCUUAGACGAACAGGCCCGUCUGCAAGAAAGACAGAGCAACGAAAUCCAAAAUUCAAAAUGUAUCAGCAACCGUCUCCAACAUGUACGGCCUGCUCAGAGGACGCAUUGAUAAGAGAAGUCGUCUCACCAGCAACGAACCCCAACCAGACAACGAACCCCAACCAGACAACGAGAAGACUACAUCAGGGUUGACGAAGGCCGUAGCAGACCUGGCGGACGGGUUUGUGUCCAUCCCCAUCCGGCAUGAGGAGUACCGGCCAGGGGUGGUGUACGAGCCGGUCGGGAUUCCUGCUGAUGACUAUACAUCGAUCCUUAAUCGGUCAGCCACGGCACCUACCUUCGUGCGGGGAUUAAUGCCAUAUUUUUUCGAGAAAGACGUUUUGAGAAGAUCAAACUAUGAAGGUACCACUGUACUUAGGCAGGACCAAGAGCCAUUGAAGAAGGACAAACUUGACCGGCGGCUUGUUAUGUCCCUUUUGGACCAAGCGGAGCUAGAAUAUUCUGGUCAUGUUUUUGAUCGGAAGUCGUUCUCCAAAAUACGGGCCUCAAUUAAUGAUAAAUGUCGCCACACCUGAACAGUAUUCUUAAACAUCUCUCCAGGCCAACUUUGUAAAUAUUUUGAUAAUGUUUGAUUUUUUUUAAUUCGUAGACUGGUAUCUAAAUCAUAUCGAUUGAGUUGUAGACAAAAAUGGAAAAGAGUAAUGAUGCAAUAAACAUCUUAUCGUGGCAAUUAAACAAAAUGUAU